AUGAGGGUCCGGCUGCUGCUCGCUUUCGCGCUCGUACUCCUCGCGGGUCCAGCCAGCGCGGCUCGCGCCGCGAAGAGGCCCAGGCACCCCGCCAGAACCUACGUGCCCACCUCGGAGAACCUUCGAAAGGUUGGCGGGUUUUCUCCGGGGUGGACUCCGCUGGAGGCGUGCCAGGAGCGCUACCGCGACGCGCCGCUCGAUCACUUCUCCUGGGCGGCGCCGACGCAGACCUAUCGCCAGAGGUACUUCUUCUGCCCGCACUUCUGGGAGAAGAAGCGAGACGCGCUCGCGGCGGCGAAGAGGCGCCACGGGUCGGCCAAAGCCCAGCCCCGACUCCGAGGGGUCGCCUCGCUCGGCGCGGAUGGUGAAUCUUCACCGCUCGACGACCUCGACGCGGGUUUCACCAAGUCGGGACCGCCCAUCUUCUUCUACACCGGCAACGAGGCCAACGUCGAGCUAUACCUCAACGCCACGGGUCUCAUGUGGGAGCACGCCGAGAGCUUCGGCGCCGUUCUCGUGUUCGCCGAGCACAGGUACUACGGAGAGUCCAAGCCCAAGCCCAAGGAGGAGGAUGGGAACGCCCUCGACGCGUCCAACCUGGGCGGCAUCAUCCCGGGCCACCUCAAGAAGAAGGGCCAGUACCCCUACCUCACUUCCGAACAGGCCAUGGCGGACUACGCCACCCUCAUCCGCGAGCUCAAGGCUGAGAUUCGCGCGCCGGACGCCCCGGUGUUUGCAUUCGGCGGCUCGUACGGCGGCAUGCUCGCCACGUGGAUGAGACUCAAGUACGCCAACGUCGUGGACGGCGCGGUGGCCGGGUCGGCUCCCGUGUGGUCCUUCGUGGGCGAGGACCCACCCGUCGACCCGGGCGCCUUCGCGGACGGGGUCACGAUGGACGCCACGGCCGCGGGCGGGUCGCCACCCGCGUGCGCUCCCAACGUCCGAGCCGCCUUCGCCGAGCUCCUUCGCCGAUCGGAAACCGAUCCGAAAUCGAUCAAGGCGCCGAUGCGACUCUGCGACGACACCCCGCUGGGCUCCCCGACGGACGUGCUGGACGUGGCGCUGUGGGCGCAGGGUGCCUUCGAUUACCUCGCCAUGGGUAACUUCCCAUACGCGAGCUCUUACAUCCUCAACGGGGACGGGACGCUGCCCCCGUAUCCCUUUCGAGUCGCGUGCGGCGGCGCCAUGGCGGACCCGAAGCUGCUAAACAAAGGGGGCGACGCGUUAUUAUCAGCGCUGGCUGACGCCGUCGGCGUGUAUUACAACUACUCCAAGACCCAAGAGUGCUUCGACACCCGGCACGGCAGCAACGACGACUCGGACGAGGACGGGGAACUGUGGGACUACCAGUACUGCACCGAGAUGUUCAUGCCGAUGUCCAGGGACGGCGUCAGGGACAUGUUCUUCCCGCAGCCGUGGAACGAGACGGACGCCGUGCUGGAGUGCGAACGACGCUGGGGCGUGAGACCCAAGACGCUGUGGGCCACCACCGUCUUCGGCGGUAGAAGGCUAUCGUGGGCCAGUAACGUGGUGUGGACCAACGGGUACCUUGACCCGUGGGCCGGGUUGGGGGUGCAGGAGAGCCUCUCGCCGUCGCUCGUAGCCAUGAUGCUCCCGGGCGGAGCGCACCACCUGGACUUCAUGUGGAGCAACGACCUGGACCCGGAGCCGGUGGUCGAGGCGAGAAAGACGCAAAUGAGACUGCUCAGGCAGUGGAUCCUCAACAAGUACCAGGCGGUGGCUGCGCGAGGAGAGACAAUCGCUGAGCUGUAG